AUGUUUUUCAAUAGUAAACCAUCAAAAGAGGAGUUUGAAAAAAUUCAGGAGGAACGUCGUGAAUAUGUCAAAAAUAUUGGAAUAGAAUAUAGAUAUGGAUGUUAUGAAGAAAAACGACCUGAUUCAUGUCAUUUAUUAGGAGAAUAUAUGGAAACUAUUGAACAAAAUUUUGAUAAAUCUUAUAGAUUAUUUAAAGAAAAUUGUUUAACAAGAAAUUAUCCACGAAGUUGUUAUAAAUAUGCUAAUUAUCGUAUUAGUGGAACAAAAGAAACACCAGAAAAAAUGGAAGAAUUAAUUGAUCCUUUUAAAAUUGCUUGUGAUGCUAAUUUACCACCUGGAUGUUCAACAUUAGGAUUAAUUUAUUGGAAUGGAGAAGAAGGUAGACUUCCAGAUCCAAAACUUGCUGUUAAAUAUAUGGAGAGAGCAUGUGAAUUAGAAGAUCCUUCUGCGUGCUUCAGGCUCAGUAAUUGGUAUCGUAUUUCAGAAGAAGAUCAUACAAACAAUAAACAAGCAUCUAAUCUUGGGUAUGUACCUAAAGAUGUUGAAAAAGCAUUAUCAUUUGCCAAGAGAGCAUGUGAUUUGGGUGAUCCAAAUGGAUGUAUUAAUCUUUCUUUGAUGUAUCGUGGCAAAGAUGGUUUUCCUCUGGACAUGGAACAAUCUAAUAUAUAUGCUAAUAAAGCAAAAGAAAUUAUUGAGUUGGCAAAAAAAGCUAAUUUAGGAACAGGUUUUACUGGACAUUAA